AUAUUAACAACAAUGGUGGCAGGGUAAGAAGGCGGGAUUAGAAAUGGCACCGAAAAGCAGUAGUGUGUUUUUGUCAAGAAUUUUGAAGUUUUGUGUAUAAUGUCGAAACUGAAUGGCGAUAAGUCUAACUAUAUUGGAUCAUUAUUACAUAGUUUGUGCUUAAAUUAUGCGGACCAAAACGAAGCUGUUGCAGAUAAAUCAUUCCACAUUGUCAGUAAAAAGUUAACACAACCCCAUUGUGGCAAAGAGCAGUGUGAGUUUGUCACUGUAGAGAAGAUAAAGGGAAGGAUUGGCAAGAUAAGGGGACAAGAGGACGUGCACAGCUUUGUCGACCUGUACCAUAAGCUGACACAGUCUGUUGCGUUGAAGAACCGCGGUGCCGUGCUGAACUUCCUGUUGCUCGCGAGCCUGCAAGCUGAUGGCGACCGCGAGAACAACCUAGAGCAGCCCUUCUACAUACCGCUGCUCUCGCCUGCUGGCCACCUGCCAGCCAUGCCUUCUCGCGGGAGCAGUUCCCCGCAGGAGUUGUACAUAAAUUCGUCGCGCCAGAGGCCGGCUCCUGUGUCAGUGAUGCAACAGACUGCAGUCCCUCUCUACAUCAACUCCAGGUUCAGCGACAGUUCAGGGGAACUCCGAAAUGUCCAAUCACGUCCGUACAAGGCCAAGGUGGACAGUGGUUCAUUUAUUACUGAUGUUUCGGAGAGUGCGUUGCUGCAGGAGCUUAUAUAUUCAUUCCAAGGAAUUGACGGCAAGAUCUUGAAAUGGAGCAAGGUCCACGAGGAGUUUGUAGUCGAUGCACAGGUGAAGCUGACCGUGUCGAGGAGGCGCUACGUGCAGCGCCUGGCCGAGCUGGGCCAGCUCUACAUGCAGGUAAACGACUGCUGUGCCAAGAUGAGCUCCUCUCACAACACGGGCCUCGUGUGCCAGAGCCUUGUGGCCGCGCUGCGCUCCGAGCUGGUGGAGUACUACCGCGCCAUCGCCGUCUGGCAGUCACAGAUCCAGCAGCAGUGCGAGAGCCCGGCGGACUCGCCCCUGAGCGAGGAGGCGGCGACGGCGGCCGCCCCUGCCCCUGCCCCCCGCGGCCAGCAGCACCUCACGCUGCGGCGACUGCUGGUGUACUCCCAGGAGCCCCUGGGGCGCAUGCGCUGGCUGGCAGCCAUCGCCCGCAGCUGCGUGGGCAAGAAGGGCGGGGCGCUGGCCUCGUGCGCUCACCGGUACCUGCAGCACGGCGACUCUGCCCUCAAGGACCUGGUCAGGCACCUGCUCAGCGUGGUUUGCAAGCCAGUGUUUGAAAUGAUAAGCCGCUGGAUACUAGAAGGAGAACUCGAUGAUCCUCACGGAGAGUUCUUCAUUGCCGCCAACUCUAACAUCAUGGGUGACCAGCUGUGGCAUGAGAAGUACAGAGUUCUUGACAUCAUGGUACCAAGCUUCAUAUCACCAUCCCAAGCGAAGAAGAUCCUGGCGACUGGAAAGAGCAUAAACUUCCUGCGUGAAAUAUGCCACGACUACUCCCCACUCAAAGGACGUGAGGAACUGAAGCAUACACUCGAUUGUGCCAGUGUGGAUUCGUUGUUCCUGAUGGAGCGGGAGGGCAACUUGCAGUUCAUGAUGGACUCUGCGUACCUGGACACAUCCAAGCGUGUGCUGGACGUGCUGAUUGACCAGUACAAGUUUCUGGAGCACCUGCAGGCCAUGAGGCGCUACCUUUUGCUGGGCCAAGGAGACUUCAUACGCUACCUCAUGGAGUUGCUCGAACCAGAAUUGAACAAGUCGGCCAGCCAGCUGCUGCCUCACAACCUGAUGGGGAUAAUGGAGUCUGCAAUCAGGGCGACUAAUGCUCAGUUUGAGGACGCUGACAUCCUCCAGAGGCUGGAUGUGAUCCUCCUGCACGUCACCUCGGACGACGUGGGCUGGGACAUCUUCAGCCUCGACUAUCAUGUGGCUGGCCCCAUUGGCACCAUCUUCAAGCAAGAAAGAGAAUCAUAUCUUAUGCUGUUCAGUGCUCUUUGGAGGACGAAACGAAUGGAGUGGGUGCUCUCCGGGAUGUGGAAAAGGCAGGUCACAUCCUCCAAGAUGGUGCACAAGGUUCCUGAGCUGGUCCCGCUGAUGAAGCAGAUGCAUCUUCUCAUCUCGGAGAUGGUGCACUUUGUGCACCAGAUGCAGUACUACCUGCUGUUCGAAGUGCUGGAGUGCUCCUGGGACGAGCUGAUCAAGCAGGUUCACCAGGCGGAGUCCUUGGACGACAUCAUCCUCGCCCACCACGUGUUCCUGCUCAACGUCAAGUCCGGGGCCCUCCUGGACAGCGAGGAGGCCCAGAGGAAGAAGAACCUGUCGACGAAGCUGCGGGCCGUGUACGACCUGAUACUCCAGCUGCAGAGCCACGAGAAGAGCGUCCAGGAGCGCAUGGGCCAGGAGCUGGAGGCCCGGCUGGCCCGCGAGGCGGAGGUCUCCCGGGCCGGCCAGGGCCAGUGGGGGCGCUGCGCCGACACGGACGCCAAGGAGGCGGUCCGGCUGCGCGAGUUCGCCAAGGUGUACGUGCCCGGGGCCGGCGCCCAGAUGAGGAUCCUCGCCAAGAGCUACAGGGACCUUGUGAGGCAGUUCCUCAUGGACCUGCUGGCGGAGGACGACUUCAGCCUCCACCUGCUGAGCUCGCGGCUGGACUUCAGCGAGUACUACAAGCGGCACGACCCGGAGAUCUCGGAGCGGCACACGCACCUGCACCGCCGCACCAGCCUCCACGCCAAGUGA